CAUCUUUUCUUGUAUUGUUUUCCAUUUGGGUGUUUACUCUUCUCUGGCUUCCGUCUGCAAUGGACUUCCAAGUGGUCGUCCUCGCCGGCGGCACUUCGAAGGAGCUCGUCCCUCUCGUUUCCAAGGAAGUUCCAAAGGCGCUGCUUCCCGUCGCGAACCGGCCGGUUCUAUCUUACAUUCUGGAACUCUUGGAAGCUAGUAAUCUGAAAGAUCUCAUUGUUGUCGUUGAAGGAGAAGCAGCAGCUGUUCGGGUUGGCGGUUGGAUUACUGGCGCUUAUGUAGAUCGUCUCCACGUCGAGCUCAUGGAAGUGGGAACUUGGAACAAGAUAUAG